AUGGCUUCGAUUCUCGACCAGCUGCCGGUCCCAACGUUGGACCGGCCAUUCGGCAUCCACCUCUGGCCCAUCUUCAACAAGGCCUUCGAGAAAGUUGUUGGCUACCCUGCCGAUGACUUCCGCUUCCAGCCCGGUCAGACUCCCAUGUCUACCCUGAAGGAAACGAGCAUCUUCAUCGUCAUCUACUAUGCCAUCAUCUUUGGUGGCCGAGAGUACAUGCGCAGCCGCGAGCCCUUCAAGCUCAGGACGCUCUUCCUGAUCCACAACUUUUACCUGACCGCCAUUUCCGGCAUCCUCCUCGCUCUCUUCAUCGAGCAGAUGCUUCCCACUGUUGUUCGCAAGGGUCUCUUCUUUGCCAUCUGCGAUGCUGAUGGCGGCUGGACUCAGCCCAUGGUUGUCCUCUACUACUACCUCGAGCUGUUGGAUACCUGUUUCCUGUUCCUCAAGAAGAAGCCUCUCACCUUCCUUCACUGCUACCACCACGGCGCUACCGCUCUCCUCUGCUACACCCAGCUCAUCGGUUCCACUGCCGUCUCAUGGGUUGUCAUCUGCCUCAACCUCCUCGUCCACGUCGUCAUGUACUGGUACUACUUCCAGAGCGCGCGUGGCGUCAAGAUCUGGUGGAAGGAGUGGAUCACCCGUCUCCAGAUUAUCCAGUUCGUCAUUGAUCUUGGCUUCGUCUACUUCGCGUCGUACACUUACUUCACUUCGGCUUACUGGCCCUGGAUGCCCUCCGCCGGCAAGUGCGCGGGUGAGGAGUUUGCUGCCUUCUCCGGUAUCGGUAUUCUCAGCUCUUACCUCUUCCUCUUCAUCUCCUUCUACUUCGCCACCUACAAGAAGGAUGGGAAGCGCCCCACUGGCCGCAAGGCUGUCCGCAGAAUGUCCCAGGCUCCUCUUCCCGACCCGAGCACCAUCAUUCACGGCAAGGACGUCAAGGCCACUGGUGUCAAGACCAAUGGCACUUCUACUCGCUCCCGCAAGGCCUAA